AUGUCGGACCAAAAGAGAUGGCUGAUGUUCGCAUUCGCCAUGGGCUGCUCGGGUCACCAAUCUCCGGGAUCUUUUGCUCACCCAGCCGACAAGUCCAUCUUCCACAACAAGCUCUCUUACUGGACCGACUUGGCCAAGCUGCUGGAAGGAGGCAAGUUCGACGGUUUGUUUUUGGCCGAUGUAUGGGGAGGAUACGACGUGUACACCAAGUCCCUCGCUCCUUCUCUCGCUACCGGCUCUCAGAUCCCUUUGAUCGACCCGCUCUUCACUGUGCCCGCCAUGGCCACAGCCACCAAGCACCUCACGUUUGGUCUGACGGCCACGACCUCGUACGAGCAUCCCUAUUCUCUCGCUCGUCGUUUCAGCACGCUGGAUCAUCUCACCAACGGAAGAGUAGGCUGGAACGUGGUCACAGGCUAUCUGGACUCUGCUGCUCGUCAAUUCGGCGCUAGAAACCAGGAACUGCAUGCCAAGCGAUAUGAAGUCGCCCACGAGUACAUGGAUGUCGUGUACAAGCUUUGGGAAUCCUCCUGGGCCGACGACGCUGUCAAACAUGACAUUAGCAAACCCCUCUACGCGGACCCAGAAAGAGUCCGCGACAUCAAGCACAAGGGCCAGUACUACGAGGUACCUGGCCCUCAUAUUUGCGAGCCAAGCUUGCAGCGCACUCCCGUCAUUUUUCAAGCUGGUUCUUCCGGCCCUGGUCUUGCAUUUGCAGGGAAGCACGCUGAAGUGAUCUUCAUAGCUGCUCACGCACCCCAAGUAGCCAAAUCUCGAGUCGAUGGAGCUCGCAAGGCCGCUGCGGAGGCGGGUCGUGACCCCAAGAAGCUUCGCGUGCUUGCCCUCUUGCUGCCCAUCGUCGGCAAAACGGACGAGGAAGCCGAGGCGAAGCAUCGAGACUUUUUGAACAAUGCAUCUGAAGAGGGCGCUUUGGCCUUGUUUGGAGGGUGGACGGGCAUAGAUCUCUCGAGCUACGCCCCUGACGAGGAGCUGCGCGAUCUGCCUGAGGGCAAUGCGAUCAAGUCUGCUGUGGAGGGAUUUGCUAGAGCGGACCCCACGGUUGGCAAAUGGACCAAGAGCGAAGUCGCCAACCAGCUCAAGAUUGGAGGAUUGGGACCAUUCAUUGUGGGAAGCGCUAGCACUGUUGCGAACAAGCUCGAGGAGUGGGUCAACGAAGCUGGCGUGGACGGAUUCAACUUGGCCUACGCCAUCUCGCCAGGCACCUUCCUCGACACUGUUCAGCUGCUAGUGCCCGAGCUGCAAAAGCGAGGUCACAUGUGGUCAGACUAUCCCGAAGCGGGCGCAGCACCCUCGGAUUGGCCCAGCAACAAGAAGACGAAUUCGACGGCUGUCAAUCAGGCGCCCAAGGGCUUUGGAGAGGAUGAGCAGCUGGGCUUGACAGCUCGGGAGAAGCUGUACGGAGCGGGAAAUCGUCGUCUGCCAGACGAUCACUAUGGUCAUCGCUUCAGGUGA